AUGCUUCGCAUUCAGAAUGGCCUGCUAUUUACGGUUGGUAGACGUCAAUUGUCACUAUCGGAAAUGCGAAGCGCUAAAGAAAUCGACUUCAACGAUCCGAAACAGGUGGCCCUCCACAAACUCUACCGACCUGAAAGAAUAACGCCAAGGGAAAAAGGCUAUGACCUCUUGAAAAAUCCGAGGUUAAAUAAGGGGAUGGCCUUUUCGCUCUAUGAACGGCACUACCUUGGGAUUCAUGGACUUCUUCCACCAGCGUUCAUGACUGAAGAGCAGCAAGCAUACCGUGUGAUGACGAAACUCCGGGAAACGAAUGAUGAUCUGGCCAAGUGA